AUGUAAUUAACCUAAUACCCAAACAGGCUCUACAUUCUUUGUCUUCAGAAUUCGUGUGAAACCACGCGUCGCUAAUAGCGUAAGCAUAACCGCUGCUGAUAGAAUUCUACGCACUCCCCACGCCGAGUCCGAUCGGUUCACAUCGUCAAAUCGAAACUCCACAGAAGAAGAAGAUGAGGAAGGAAGACACAGUGAAGCUGAUCAGCGCGGAAGGCUUCGAGUUCGUGAUCGACAAGGAAGCUGCCAUGGUUUCCCAGACCAUCCGCAACAUGCUCACCUCUCCAGGGAGUUUUGCUGAAACACAGGAUGGAAAAGUGACAUUCCCUGAGAUAAGUACAACCAUUUUGGAGAAGAUCUGCCAAUAUUUUUAUUGGCAUCUUCAGUAUGCCAGGGGUAAGGAAACUGAUUUUCACAUUGAGCCUGAAAUAACUCUAGAGCUGAUGAUGGCUGCUAACUAUCUCCAUACUUGAGCAAAUUGCUGUACUUGCUUCUUGAGUGACAAGUACCUUAACAUUCUACCAUACUGCUUAAGGAUGUUAUUGUUGCCUGAGAAGGCUUAAGUAAAGAUGCUAGGAUUCUGAUUUAAAGCCCUGCACUGGAGUUCAUAGCCACUACAAAGAAGUGUAUUCAGAAGAAUAUAAAAAUAUUAGUUGUUCUUACAUAAAAAAGUGUGAUACAUAUGUAGCAGAAGCCAGAAAGUGAAUGUAGUAAUUGAAUGAUUUAACUUUGCUGUUGUAUGCUAUAGAACUCAAGUCUUAUGAACAGAAACAUUGUUUCGUCA